AUGGCUCCCCGGCAUUUCCGGCCAUGGCCGGCGGCUAGUAAGGUGCGGGGAGGCCGGGACUCCGCUGCCCGCGUUAGCCGAGGUGCCAGCGAGCAGCCCCGCACACAGCGGCUCGAGUCGCGCACGCGCACAACCCCAGGCUGGGGCGCCAAUCCCACCCUACCCCCCCGGCGCCCCAACACACAGCGCGCGCGCGCACAAACUCACCGGCCGCGCGCUCGCUCACGCCCACCCACCCCCAACCCCUACCACGACGCGCACGCGCACACGCCCGCUCUGCCGCGCUCGCCCUCCCGCCUCCCCACCCACCCACCCACCCCGUCCGAAGCCUGGCUUCCCGACGCGCGCCCACCCCAGCCCCUCGGCGCACGCCCCACUGAGCCCGCAGCCGCCCUCACCUCCUCGGCCCCGGGGCCGCCGCGCCGCACUCUUCCUCCUCUCGCCUGCCUCGCGGAUGGUGGCAGCGGCGGCAGCGGCGACUCAGACCCUGGGGUCAGGGGGACGGGCGCCCAGGCCGGAAGUGACCUUCCCGGCCGCUUCCGCUCGCGCCUCUCCCUCUCCUCUUCCCCUCCCCCCGCCCGGACCGCCACCGCUUCCUCGCCGCUCUAG